AUGGCCACAUAUCUGGAGUUCAUUCAGCAGAAUGAAGAACGCGAUGGCGUGCGUUUUAGUUGGAAUGUGUGGCCUUCCAGCAGACUUGAGGCUACAAGAAUGGUUGUUCCCCUGGCUUGUCUUCUCACUCCUUUAAAAGAACGUCCAGACCUGCCGCCCGUACAGUAUGAACCUGUGCUCUGCAGCAGGCCAACUUGCAAAGCCAUUCUCAAUCCACUUUGUCAGGUUGAUUAUCGAGCAAAGCUUUGGGCCUGUAAUUUCUGUUUCCAGAGAAAUCAGUUUCCUCCAGCUUACGCAGGCAUAUCAGAGGUGAACCAGCCUGCUGAAUUGAUGCCCCAGUUUUCUACAAUUGAGUACGUGAUACAGCGAGGUGCCCCAUCCCCUCUGAUCUUCCUGUAUGUGGUGGACACGUGUCUGGAGGAAGAUGACCUCCAAGCGCUCAAGGAGUCCUUGCAGAUGUCCCUGAGCCUCCUCCCUCCGGACGCACUGGUGGGUUUGAUCACGUUUGGGAGGAUGGUACAGGUUCACGAACUCAGCUGCGAGGGGAUCUCCAAGAGUUACGUCUUCCGGGGAACGAAGGACCUCACUGCCAAGCAGAUCCAGGACAUGCUGGGCCUGACCAAGCCUGCGAUGCCCGUGCAGCCAGCGCGCCCGGCUCAGCCGCAGGAGCGCCCGUCCGUGUCCAGCAGGUUUCUGCAGCCCAUUCACAAGAUUGACAUGAACCUCACUGAUCUCCUUGGGGAACUACAGAGGGACCCGUGGCCUGUACCUCAGGGGAAGAGGCCUUUGCGAUCCACUGGUGUUGCCUUGUCCAUUGCUGUUGGCCUGUUGGAGGGCACUUUUCCAAACACGGGAGCCAGGAUCAUGCUGUUCACUGGGGGACCCCCCACUCAGGGACCUGGCAUGGUGGUUGGAGAUGAAUUAAAGGUUCCUAUUCGUUCCUGGCAUGACAUUGAGAAAGACAAUGCCCGCUUCAUGAAAAAGGCAACCAAGCACUAUGAGAUGCUUGCGAACCGCACUGCUGCAAACGGUCACUGCAUUGAUAUUUACGCCUGUGCCCUUGAUCAGACUGGACUCCUGGAGAUGAAGUGUUGCCCAAAUCUUACUGGAGGCUACAUGGUGAUGGGAGAUUCUUUCAACACUUCUCUCUUCAAGCAGACAUUCCAAAGAAUUUUUAGUAAAGAUUUUAAUGGAAAUUUCCGAAUGGCAUUUGGUGCUACUUUGGAAGUAAAGACCUCAAGGGAGCUGAAGGUUGCGGGAGCCAUCGGACCCUGUGUGUCUCUGAAUGUGAAAGGACCAUGUGUGUCAGAAAAUGAACUUGGUGUUGGUGGCACGAGCCAGUGGAAAAUCUGCGGCCUUGAUCCCACGACGACGCUUGGCAUCUACUUUGAAGUAGUCAACCAGCACAACGCCCCGAUCCCGCAAGGAGGCCGAGGCGCCAUCCAGUUCGUCACGCACUACCAGCACUCCAGCACCCAGCGGCGCAUCCGUGUGACCACCGUUGCCCGCAAUUGGGCAGACGUGCAGAGCCAGCUGAAGCACAUUGAAGCGGCGUUUGACCAGGAGGCGGCGGCAGUGCUGAUGGCGCGGCUGGGGGUGUUCCGAGCUGAGUCGGAGGAGGGGCCGGACGUGCUCCGGUGGCUGGACCGACAGCUCAUCCGGCUGUGUCAGAAGUUUGGACAGUAUAACAAAGAAGACCCUGUGUCAUUUAGGUUAUCAGAUUCCUUCUCUCUAUACCCUCAGUUCAUGUUCCAUCUUAGAAGGUCUCCAUUCCUUCAAGUCUUCAACAACAGCCCUGAUGAGUCUUCGUAUUAUCGGCACCACUUUGCCCGGCAGGACCUCACCCAGUCCCUCAUCAUGAUCCAGCCCAUCCUGUAUUCCUACUCCUUCCACGGGCCCCCAGAGCCCGUGCUCCUGGACAGCAGCAGCAUUCUUGCUGACAGAAUUCUACUCAUGGACACUUUCUUCCAAAUCGUCAUUUAUCUUGGUGAGACCAUCGCCCAGUGGCGGAAGGCAGGCUACCAGGACAUGCCCGAGUAUGAAAACUUCAAGCACCUCCUACAGGCACCUCUGGAUGACGCACAGGAGAUCCUGCAGGCGCGGUUCCCGAUGCCGCGGUACAUCCACACGGAGCAUGGGGGCAGCCAGGCUCGAUUUCUUUUGUCCAAAGUGAAUCCGUCUCAGACACACAAUAACCUGUAUGCUUGGGGACAGGAAACGGGAGCGCCCAUCCUCACUGAUGACGUUAGCCUGCAGGUGUUCAUGGACCAUCUGAAGAAGCUGGCUGUCUCCAGUGCUUGUUGA